AGGAACGUCGACGUCGGCUCCGGCGCUGGGCUCAGCCUCACUCCCAAUUGGCUGGGCCUCCGGGCCACCCUCCCCCGUGCGCCACCCCUGGGUUCCCUUCCCAGUCCGCAGUAGAACCACUGCCCUCUCCCUUCUUGACCCCUGGCUCUUCCUCCCCUUCUUCCCUCCCUACCGCUGCCACUGUUGCUUCUGGCGCCGCUGCUCCCGGAGGAGCUCCCGGCUCGGUGAUGGGGUCCCGGGCCUCCACGUUACUGCGGGACGAAGAGCUCGAGGAGAUCAAGAAGGAAACUGGCUUUUCCCACAGUCAGAUCACCCGCCUCUACAGCCGGUUCACCAGCCUGGACAAAGGAGAGAAUGGGACUCUCAGCCGGGAAGACUUUCAGCGGAUUCCAGAACUUGCCAUCAACCCACUGGGGGACCGGAUCAUCAAUGCCUUCUUUCCAGAAGGAGAGGACAAGGUAAACUUCCGCGGAUUCAUGAGGACCUUGGCUCAUUUCUGACCCACUGAGGAUAAUGAAAAGAGCAAAGAUGUGAAUGGACCAGAACCACUCAACAGCCGAAGCAACAAACUGCACUUUGCUUUUCGACUGUAUGACUUGGAUAAAGAUGACAAGAUCUCCCGUGAUGAACUGUUACAGUUGCUACGCAUGAUGGUCGGAGUGAAUAUCUCAGAUGAGCAGCUGGGCAGCAUUGCAGACAGGACCAUCCAGGAGGCUGAUCAGGAUGGGGACAGCGCCAUAUCUUUCACAGAAUUUGUUAAGGUUUUGGAGAAGGUGGACGUAGAACAAAAAAUGAGCAUCCGAUUUCUUCACUAAAGGACUGAGACCAAACUGUUCCUUGCUUUCUAGUAUUUAAGAACUGGAACUUGAAAGUCCUCCUGUCCACCAGCCCCACCUCCAUCCCAUCAUUCCCCUUAUCCCAAAGUACUACUGCUGUUGCAUGACAGCCCCAAAUAUGUUCCAUCAACACAAACCUGCCUUUGGUGUAUAAACAGGGCAUUACAGAAUGGUACACCCUGUCUAAUUCUGUUCAGUAUCAUUCGCUGGAUAUCUCCAUUUCUAAAUAUCAUCUCCCCCUGUUCUGCUGCUGAAUGCCACGUGUCCAUCCAGUCUGAGAAGUGAGAGGGAUUCAUGCCAAGAACCAGCCAGCAAAGCUCUUUGACUGGAUGUGGACCGUAGCCAUGCUGCCUUCCCCCCAGCUUGGCUCUGGCAUGCUCCUUCAUCCUUUUUUAUACGUCCUUUGCUUCCUACUUCUCUUUCACCCAAUCUACCAUUCACUUAAUCUUUCAGUGUCCCUGCUUUUUAUUAAGCUUCAGUCCCCUCUGUUCUACUUGGCACCCCAAGCUAUGCCUGUUAAAUGUAUUUCUGACUUGGCAGUAUAGUUCAGUGGUCUGGCAGUUUUUAAUCUACUUUUACUCUUAAAUGGGUCUUUGGGAUGUUGCCUCUUCAGGAGCUUUUCGGUCAAUACUUCUCUCAGAAGAAUGUCUUGACCAUCUCUUGGUCCCCUCUGCUCUGUCACCAAAGGGCUGUUUGUUGGAGAUGUUCUUGAAAGAUAAGGGUUAUAGAGACA